CGAAUUAAAAAUUAUAUAUAACGCAAUAAUGAAAUUCAAAUACUUUUUGUUGAUUUUCGUCAUUACCAUUGUUUUAGCGGACGCAGCACCGUUUAAUUAUAAACGGGACGCAGACGCAGCACCGGCAGUUGCAUUUAAACGAGACGCAGACGCAGCACCGGGGGUUGGAUUUAAACGGGACGCAGACGCAGCACCGGUUGAAUAUAAACGGGACGCAGACGCAGCACCAACUUUAGACGCUCCAAUACCCCCAAUCGGGGGCGGACCGCCAACAUGAUGCGGAUGCAGCAACAAUUAUAAACACAUAUUAAUCGUGAUGCAGAUACAGAAUAAUUAUUAUUUGCUAUAUUUACUAGAUAUACAGUAUAAUAUAUUGAUUUCAACAAUAAUAUGUAUAUUUUGAUUAUCGACAAAUAAAAU